AUGGAAGAUAGAACCAUCCUCGACUCACAAGUGACUGCAUCGUCGACUUAUAAAAACUCGGGGCACGAACCAYAUCGUGCUCGUCUCAAUGCCUUUCCCAUAAUGCCGUAUAGUACAGUCAUAGAUGUCGCUGCUUGGUGUGCUGGAGACCUCAAGGGUGACGAGUAUUUGCAAGUUGAUCUGYUUCGUGUUGUGACAAUUACCAUGGUUGCGACCCAAGGAAGGCCGUAUARAUACGAUCAAUUUGUAAAAAAAUAUCAACUUGGGUACAAAGAGGAAUUAGGUACUAACGUGUGGAGGAAAUACAAAGAGGGAGGAAUCGUCAAGGUUUGUGUAAAAGAAUUCYCUGGUAAUAGUGACAUGGACACUGUAGUCCAACAUCAGCUGUCGGAACAUCUUAGAACACAGUUCGUACGAUUUAUCGUCUUGGAAUGGAAUAAUUAUAUUGCAAUGAGAGUAGAACUGUAUGGUAAACCUUGAAAACUGUAAUAAAGACCUUAAGGCYCCGUCCACACGUGUCCGUCAAAGGGACUAGGCACUAGCGUGCAUUAGGGCGGAUCAAGAAAUUUCCGGAUACGUGUGGACAGUGAAAACGAUUCGAAUACGCUGUGUGUGGACGC